AUGAUAUUACUCGAGCCUCACAACUACAUCAUCCACACCACUCUUGGCGAGAAGGCAGUCAAGCCGUCAAGCUUAGAUGUUCAGUUUGUGGACUUUGAUGGCGUACGUUUCCGCCUGUCUACCCCAGAUCGCAAGACUGCGCUCGUUUUGUCCAUGAACAUCCGCUGCUGGGAUGAGCUCGUUCGGUAUGGCGUACACGACAUCCUGAAGCGCGAAUACGGUCCACUCCUAAAGGCCGAGCCCGAGAACGAAUACAAUGUCAGCUUGGAGAUUGAUCUUGAACAGCUGCCACCAGACGGCGAGCAACGGGAUGCUUUCUUCAAGAGCCUUGCCCUACUCAAGCGCAAUGCUCUUGCUGCACCUUUUGAGCUUGGCUUCCACGCGCAGAAGCAAUUGGAGGCCGCAGGCAGUGGUCAGGGUGACUUGAUGGCUCUCCACUACCGCGACGAGGAGGUAAUCUACGUACAAGCAUCCUCCGAUCGCGUUACCGUCAUCUUCUCGACUAUGUUCAGGGAAGAGACCGACCGCGUGUUUGGAAAGGUCUUCCUCCAGGAGUUCGUGGACGCUCGGCGGCUACCUACCAUCCAGAGCGCUCCUCAGGUCCUCUACACCACACGCGAGCCUCCCCUCGAGAUCAGGCAUCUCCCUGGGCUGCACGAUUCGGACGACGUCGGCUAUGUGACCUUCGUACUCUUCCCUCGCCACUUCGCCAACAGCAUCGUUGCGAACACGACGAUCACGCACAUCCAGCUCUUCCGUGACUAUCUUCACUACCAUAUCAAGUGUUCAAAGGCGUACAUGCACUCUCGCAUGCGUCACCGUGUGAGCGAGUUCCAGAAGGUACUCAAUCGUGCCAAGACGGAGCAGGCGACUGUGGAGAGGAAGACUGUCACCGGGCGGUCGAUGACGCUCCGAUGA